AGCUGCUAACACUGGUGUGUGGUGGAAGUGGCGGAGUUGUGAAACUGGUAAAACUCAAACAUCUCAAACUCUACGAACGCGGUCUUUUCGUUGUGCUGAUCGAACUUAUUGCGUUCUGAAGGCACCCAACGCGGCAUCUGAUGAUGCUUGUAUCUUGCGCACAACUAUUUGCUGUUCUUACGCUUCACGUUUGAUAGUUCGCUCCUCGCUAUGGCGGCCGAUGCGCAGCACAAACGGUGGGGUGAGCUACCACCUCUGAUCACAGAAACGGAAUCUGGAAUUGCUGCCAUUGAACGGGAGCAGAUAACCAAACCCCGUCCAGUGCCAAUUCAGGGAGCCGCACUAUAUCAGCCGGGAGCUCGCAGCCUCCAUUUCCAGAGCGAGCGGAGUGCCCAAGAGUACGGUGUCAUUGACCCAAUAACAUUGCACACAAUCGCAUUGAUCCAACAUGCGAAGAAAGUUCAGUCAUGCAUCACGAACCUUCAGCAGCAGGACAGAGACAUUAAGCCGCUGGAAGCUGAGUACUUGCCGCCUAUACCAGAAGGACCUUGUAUCCCAGGUCUUACCAGCCCAGGCAACAGCAGUCACCUCGAAAUGAAGUCGGAGAAAAAAUCCUCUUGGAAACCACCACCUCAGCUGGGGGAUCAUGCAACCCGUGUUAUUCUUCGCAGAGCAGUCACUGCCAUCUGUGCACAAGCUGGGUUUGACACCACUUGGAACUCUGUACUGGAGGUUCUGACAGAUGUCUGCAGUGACAUUUAUAGUCGAAUCUGUUGGCAGCUACGUACAGUCGUUGACCGAGAGGCACUUACUGGUCAGACUGGCUUUAUGGAUGCUAUGGACCAUGCCUUGCACGAGUCAGGCUUGGAAGGACUCCAGUCAUUGGUGCAGUUCUUCGACGAACGUAUUGUUGGCUACAAUCGGCACAUGUUGAAGACCUGUCGCAAGUUGCACCAAACCUACCAUAAAGUCAAGCUACCACAAAGCUGUUCAUCUGAUGACACCAAAAAUAUCAAGGUGAAGGAGGAGCCAGUGAGUGAGAUCCACUUUCCGAGCCUGGAAGAUGGGGACGAGAACAUGGCAGAGGCAGAGGAGGUGCCCAUGGAUGAGCUUCAUCGCGCUUUGCAGAACCUGGAAGGUGUGCCCUUGAAGGAUGAUGAUGCGUCCAAGUGGCUUGCGCAGCAGCAGCAGCAGCAGCAGCAACAACAGCCACUUGCACACCAUCGCAAGGGCUCGACUGCUUCCUCAGCAGGGCACCUGGAUGCUGAUGAAGAGAUAGUGAUUGUUAGCGACUCUCCACCACUUUCUGCUGAAGUCAGUAUAGGUUCCUUGGUUGACUCAGUUGAGUCUGGCUCCCUGGAUGCUACAAGACUUGGCCGUCCGCCACCAUUAAAAAAAAAGAAGAAGACAUGAAGCAAGACUGCAGCAUUGCACAUAAAUAUAUACAUGUAUAAAUAGUAUAUGCAUAUAGGUAAGACAUAUAAGAAAAAUGGUUUUCUCCGUAGAUUGAUAAUAAAGUACAAUACAAAGAAA